AUGCGUUAUGAAACAAAUAAAAUAGUUAAUGCGUUAAUAGAAAUUUCUGAUUCACCAAAUGCUGACGCAGGUCUUCGUCAUGAAGCUCAAUGUUUAGCCGAUAACCUAUGUGAAUUUGAAUUUCUUAUCUCACUUGUUGUUUGGUACGAUUUACUGUUUCAAAUCAAUGUAGCUAGUAAAUCAAUGCAAGGAAUCAUUAUGGACAUAAUCACAGCCACUUCAAUUGUUAAAGGUUGUUUAAAUUAUAUUAUUUCUUAUCGAAAUACAGGAUAUAUUUGCGCUGUUUCAUCUGCUAAAAAAAUUGCUGAAACUUUAAAUGUGGAAACAAGUUUCAAACCCAAAAGACAUAGACUAACUAAAAGACAAUUUCAAUAUGAAAGCUUAGACAAUUAUGAACCUACUCCAGAAGAGGAAUUUAAAAGAGAUUUUUUUCUAUCGUCUUAUAGAUACAAGUAUAACAUCAAUACAGUCACGUUUUGA